AUGGGUCAAGUGUCAUUUGAUUUUGCAUCAGAACUAGUGGCUUCCGGAUACGCACAUCUGACUCACUUUUCGCCAGACCAAACCGCAGUAGCCGGGAUUGUAUUUCUUCCUGAUCCGGUUUGCGCAUGGCUUGCAAUGACCCAGAUGAUUGAGGGCUGUAAUCGAUUUGGGAUUGAUGAUGGGAUUCCCACAGAGUGCAGUGAACCUGCUUUGGCUUGGUCGGAGAAGGCCAUCAAAAUAUUCUCCUCUGCAUUGUGUCGUCCUGCAAAGGGAGAUGUUGGCGAGGUUGCAGCUGCCUUUUAUAUGCUGGCUUGCGGAGAUGAGUUGAGGUUUGAGCAAUCGACAGAUCUCACUCAGCUUUCUGUUCCAUUAGAGAAAUGGAUUGCAAGAUUGCAACAUGCUGAUUUGAACACUACCCUCAACCUUGGGGAAGCAAAGGCAAGUGUCAACUUCAUCCAAGUUUGUCAGAACUACCUACGCUAUAGUUUGAAAGAAAUGCAGGAUAGUGGGCUUCUCAAGCAUUGGUACCUUGGUGGAAGAGGAUCGUACAUGUAUUUUGCAUGUGCAGCGUACGACAUAAUGGUACCAGUGCAAUACACUGUGAAUGGGACGCUGCAUUACUGUCCCAUGUUGGUGAGCGUGAAAAACAAAGUGGAAUUUUGGCCGUAUGAACGUAAAGCUGCAAUCAAGGCAAUGCAAAAAUUGUUUACUAAUGCAGGCAUUCAGACUGGAGUAUGUCUACUGUUGCUCAUUGGCCUCGACAACACAUCGGAAAAAAAAACAAGAAAAAAAACUAGAAAAAAAACAAAAUCAGGAAAUAGUUUCGGUCAUGGCCAAAUUUUUACCGUAACAGUUGUGGUACCGAAGGAGGAUCGCUUUGGAGCAACCAAUCUUGCUUUGUGCUCAACUUGUGGUGGUGGGCAGGAGUCGGAAGUCAUGGUGUCGCAUGCAGAGCUUGCACUUGGGGCGGAUCAUAGUUUUGACUGCUUGCUCCGAAAAAAGAAUGAAGAUGAUGGCCUAUCCCAAUUGCUGUUUGAAGAGAUAAGGGAAGGAUAUGCCAACAUUUCAAUUGAUGAAGAUGAUUUUGGAGGAGCAACGGCUCCCGAUGAAAGUAGAGGGAGUACAUAG